CUUACGGCUGGAGUCCUUGCCAACACGUAACUGUGGCUGACUCGUGGCUGAGGUAAAGCUGAAGCAGUAUGGUGGAGUACAUGUGGCUGAGGCGUAGUGGCCUUCGAGGCAGCUCCCUACAGAUGGCUUCACUCACGAGACAUGCGAUUCCCCCCCUUCUUCUGAACCACCGUGGCGCGAUAUCAGUGGCCCGAUCAGUGGGUUUAGGUAGGCACGAGCUGAUGAUUUCCUCCUAUCCGAGGCUGGUUCGCCGCAAUCGGGGGCCUAAUCCAUUUGCUGGGUUGUUCCUCCGCUACCAGAGAGAGAAAAAGCGGGACGAUGCUUUCUAUCUGUGAGCUUCCGAGACGCAUUAUCUGUGUGCCCUUUUGUCCUCCAGUUGCCCGAUGUGGCGAAGGCACUGGCGCGGACUUAUCAGUCAAAAACCUAAACAGGAACAAGCUCAGUCAGCUACGUGGGUAUGAUUCCGUCUGGACGUUUCCACCCCCGCGUAACUCUUUACCUGCAUGCAUUCGGCAACGGACCAGGACUGCAAGAUCAGAGGCAGGGAUUACAUACCUGCUGAGGUCGACCGAGGAUCCCGGCAUCGACCAUCCGGAGGCAAACGCGACCAGCCUUGCAUCGUCUACCCGGAGUAAACGAGGAAGUCGGAACGCAGGCCCAUCGCUUUCAGACGAACGCGACUGUUGGGAGAAACGACUGAAGCUACCUACCUACCUUAUAUCACGAAACAAAAAGAGACAUUGCACGACUAGACGACUGCCGUACUGGACAGCACUCCCCUGCGACAGACUUCGUCCCUCCGUACCUGGGCUCGGCCAACUCUGCAUCGUUUGUCCUUUCCUUCGUUCUUUCGCGGGCUCCAAGCAGGGUCUAGGCGCACAUCUGUCGCAUAGUCGUGCUCAGGUUUCUCGUACGGGGGAGGUCCUGGCGGCUGCACCCCAGCGCAUCAACCUUGACUUUUAUGUUUCCGACACAAACUCGACACUGGCCUAUAUAACUUUCUGUCGGGCCCCCUCCGCUGCGGCUCUGUUUCAAUAUGUCACGUUCGACGCCGACUCUCAAUCCCGUCCUUGAACCCGAAACCGAUAUACAAUUGAGGUUUGAAUCCCAAACUCAUCUUCGACUUGGACCUGAUACACAGCACCAUACCGUCCAUAGGCGGCCCAUCAUGAGUACCGAGACUCGGAAGAAGUUUAUCAACUACCCUCUGCCGGUUCCUGGGUGGGUUUUUCUCGUCCCGAGUUACUC